AUGGCCAUGGCGGCGGAACCGGACGAGCACGACUUUGUCAGCCUCCUCCCCGACGAGAUCCUGGGCACCAUCAUCUCCCUCCUACCCACGGACGACGGCGCGCGCACCACCGCCCUCUCCCGUCGCUGGCGCCACCUCUGGCGCUCCUCCCCGCUCAACCUCGACGACUGCGACAUCGUCAGGAAUAGGCGCUGGGAUUACCUCCUCUCCUGCCCCUCCGACCGGCGUGGCCUCAACCGCAACCGCCUCCGCAAGAACGAGCGCCAGCUUAUCGCCGUCAUCUCCAAGAUCCUAUCCAAGCACCGGGGCUCCAUCCGCCGCCUCUCCCUCCGCCACGACUACUUCUACAUCAGCGACAGCGACAUCCACGACACGCUCGGCGGCUGGCUCACGUACCCCGCCCUCAGCAACCUCGAGGAGAUCGAGAUCAUCAGCUACAGCUACAGAGGCCAAGAUCCGCUGCCGCUGCCCGUGAUCCGCUUCGCGGCGACCGUCCGGGCCGCCACCUUCGACUUCUGCCGCUUCCCCGAGGACGCGCCCCGUGCGCUCAUCUUUCGGCAACUGAAAAGGCUCGUCCUCCAUCACGUGACCAUCCCCAACGACGACCUCCAAGGCGUGCUCUCCGGCUGCCCUGUGCUCGAGAGCCUGCUGAUCGACGUUCUCCGUAGAUCUGGGCCAUCUGGCAUUGUCCGGGUGCUGAUCAACUCACCGUCUCUCAGGAUCAUCGAGAAUGGCUGCACGGUUGGAGUAGUCAUCGAGAACGCCCCUCGGCUGGAAAGACUCAUCACGUUUCGGGACUUCCGUAGUGGCAAUUACACUUACACCCCGAUGUUCGUCCGGUUACCCGACGCACAGAAAGUGGAGAUCUUGGACUCAUUCAGAAACUGCGAGGAAUUGGUUCUGGAAAGCUUCAGAACAACUAUGCGCAACGUGAGGAUUUUGGUUCUAAAGGCUUGUGAACCUCAUCUUGGUGCUGUCAUCGACUUGCUGAGAUGCUUCCCUUACCUGACGAAACUGUACAUCACAUCCUCUCUGGGGACGUGUUCGAAAAAUGAUGGACAUGGUUACAACCCGCAAGAUCCUAUCACGUGCCUUGAGCUCCAUCUCACAGAGGUGGUGUUCAAGCACUACGAGGGCAAGCAGCCGGAUGUGAAUUUUGCCAAGUUCUUGUGGCGAAUGCUAAAGUGCUCGAGUCAAUGA